CCUUUUUGGUCUGGAUUGUUUUGGCGCCUCUUUUAACUGCCUUGGAUCGUUUUGGACAUUUGUCUGCACUGUUUGCCUCGUGGAGUUACAUUUUGUAUUAAUUUCAGCACUUAAAUGGCAGCUCUGAGUAUGACUCCCUCCCACCUGUUCCUGCUGAUGUUAAACUGUUUCCUGGGUGCUGCAUCAGUUAGGAUCAUCAAAGGGGGCAAUGGGAGCGCACGGGACAGCUUCCUCCAGCCCUCUUCGGACCUGUUCUCAGAUGACCUGGACCAGGACAUGGUCUCCAAGCACAUGUCCAAACUGUACGAAAAAUACAACAGGGAAAACCGCCUCCGAGAGGGAAACACUGUGAGGAGUUUCAGAACCUGCCAAGACUCCUCUGAGCACAGGACGGUGUACCUGAACCUUACAACCGUUCAGGACUCAGAGGUCAUCCUCUCUGCCACAUUCCACUUCCUGCUCGAUCGGCGCCCUCGUCAAAAACCCUGGUUCUGUAAACGCUUCAAAAGCCCAUCCUGUCGUUCCUCAGCCGUCCACCCUUCUCCGUCCAUCAGCCUGCUCCUUCGCUCUGUCUCCUCUGGGUCAGAGGUCAGAUCUGGGCCAAUGGGGUCACUUUUAGGCAAUGUGACCUUCCACCCACCCAGGAGAGGGGUGUGGCAGAUGAAAGAUGUGACACAGGUCAUAAAGGAGGCCAGGGACAAGGGUCAUCUCCUGGUGUCAGUGGAGUUGGACUACCACCGGAAACCAGAGGGGGCGCUGCCUGGUGGAAACCUGCCCUAUCUGUUGCUGUAUGCUAAUGACCAAGCCUUGGCCGAGCCCAACAGCGUGGCUGCAAGCCUUCAGAGAUACGACCCGUUCAACAACGGAGGAGAGGCCUCGCAUUCCUCUCACAGAGCCAACUCCUCGCCAGAGUCAAAAGGACGAGAGAGAAGGGAAGCAGCUCUGCUCUCCGAGCCCAUCCAGAACAAUGAGCUGCCUCAGGUUGACUUCAGGCCUGAUGGGUACAGAAAGGAUGACCUCUGGGAGAGCACUUGGUACCUGGCACUCAAACCGAAAUUAGGAAGGAAGGAAAAUAAAAGAAAGAGCCAGGAGGAAGAAGAAGCGGAUCAAGGUAGAAGAGUGCAUGAUAAUGAAGAACGUCUGGUUCUCAAAGAAGGAGAAAGAAAAUCACAGGGGCUCAAAGCUGAUGACUCAACUGAGCAAAUAAUCAAAGACAGUCACAUGCCGACUACCAGUGACGGACGAAAGCGCGAGUGGAAAAACGAGGGAAGGGACGGAAGAAGGCACAAAGGGAGCGCUAACACUCAGUCGCCUGUUCUGAGUUUUGAUGAACAAGCAAUGCGUAAGGCCAGAAGGAGGCAGUGGGGCGACUCCCAGCACAGAGGCUGCUCCAGGAGGAACCUCAGAGUGGAUUUUGCAGACAUUGGCUGGAGCGACUGGGUUAUAGCACCCAAGGCCUUUGAUGCCUACUACUGCGCUGGCACAUGCGGCUUCCCCAUGCACAAGGUGGCGAGGCCGUCUAACCACGCCACCAUCCAGAGCAUAGUCCGUGCCGUUGGUAUCAUCCCCGGAGUUCCUGAGCCCUGCUGCGUCCCAGAGAAGAUGAGUCCUCUGGCUGUGCUCUACCAGGAUGAAUCCAGGAAUCCAGUGCUCAAGGUUUACCCCAAUAUGUCCGUCAAGUCUUGCUCCUGCAGAUAGGAAGGGGCGGUCAAUGGGGGCCGAGGACAGAACAGGGUGGAUGUGGAGAGGAACAUAAAACAGGACUACGGGAGGCAGAACCAUACCUCUGUUUGUUCAGUGGUUUCUUGAAUGUGAGAAACAAAGUCACUUUGACUGGCGUUUUUCCUCGAGGAGCAUAGGCUUCAGAGAAAUCACUUCCAUCUCUUCUGCCCUGCGGCAGCAGACUAGAAGAGGCACAUUGUCUGGCAUCUGGCUGAGCAAGAGGAACAGAGUCACACGUGUAAUGUCAGGGCUCCACACAAACUCCGUUGUUUUGAUUCCGUGUUUGAGAUAAUAUUGAACAUUUCAUGGACAAGAGCAUUUUUUCUUUUAUCUCAGAGUGUACUUGCUUUUCAAACAGCUCACAGUGUCUUUGUGUUCAUGUUUUCUUUGGACACGAAGGCUAUAAAUAAAAGACUUUAUCAUCGAGUCGUCGGGCAGCUUACUCAGUCUCACAAAGAUGACGAAGAUUGAGAAACAUAUUUCUUCAUUUUUGACAUACUGUGUCUCUCUGUUUUUACUUUUAAACAAAUCAUAUUCCACGAUGUACAUACAUGCAACACUCAUUUGUUUGCAAGAAUGGAAGGUCAUUGUACAUUAUUGCGCUGUAUGUCUUAAAAAAGGAAAUAUCCAACUGAUCGUAGAGCAUCUGGAAUUCAUUUACACUCACCAACCCCCUCAUAACACUUCAAGAAUGUUAUAAUGAAACCAGAAAUAUUUUUAUACUUUGAAUGUGAAACUUGGUUACAAAUUAUUCCUCAUGUUUACUAGCUUAUGAAUUACUAUAUUUUAGUGUUUUGUACAUGUGUAUUGUUUAAAUUAUGAAAAAGGUAGCCUUCUAUAAAUUAGAAUAAAACAAGUAAUUUAAUCCAUUGC